AUGUCUCAGUUAGUACCAAUCGAGCAGGGUAGUAUCCCUGCCAGUGUCCGGUCUCACCCAGUCGGGGAUUUAUCAGAGGAAUCGAUUCGCGACGAAAUCAAGGGCUGGUUGCAAUUUAUAACGGAAGAAUGGACCCCUUUGCCAGACGCAGAGGAUGACCUCCGUCAACGACGCAGUCUCAUCGAGAGAUGGGCUACAGCCGACCAAAGCUUCCGCGAUUCCUACGAUCUUCGGGCAUCAUUCCAGAUAUCGGACCCGCCAGCUAUUGAAUCACUAUCACCAUUACUCGAAAAGAGAUUCAUCUGCUUGGCCCCUGUAAACAGAGACACCCACCCAACCAACUACACCAAUCUAAUCAAGAUCCUCAUUAUCCUGUACUUGGGCACAGCCGGCACUGGCGGUCACCCAUUCAGCCAUGCAAAGGCCGGCGAUGGCCCGAACCCACAACUUCCGACAUUCAUCGCUGCCGACUCCAAUCUAGAGGUUGCUCCCCAAGACCUACUAGCAGCCUUGUAUCUGCAGGGUGCGGAUUUCCGCAUGGUCUCUAUGUCCCGCACCGGUACCGUGCUGUUCCAUAAUUUGUCAAACAAGCUCUGGCUUGUUAUCGAUCAAGCCGGUCUCGACACGGGGCGUCUCAUGCUACUUCAGUUCCAACCUAAUGGACAGUCUUUGCUCUCUACGCUGCGGAGACCGUUGAAUCUGGGAGAGGCGAUUACUUUCCACAAGGGACAGGCCCUUGGCCUUGAGGAUAUCGUUGAGCAGGAUAUCGGUGGUCCUGAGCAUAUGAAUGAGCCUCUGGAUAUUCGUUCUCCCGUUCUCGAUAUUCUGGAAGGGAUUGCAAAAAGGGAUGAGUUGAGGUUUGCUGGGUGGGGGAGCAGAGAGACUUGGGCGAGAGAUAUUGAACAGUGCGCGCCGGGGUAUUUGGGACUUGAGAAGAGUGGUCGCGAGGUGGAGUUUGAGCUUGAGUGUCUUGAGGAACUUCUUAAAUAA